AUGAAAAGUACCUCCUCCGUUUCAAUAUCUUGUACUUCAAAUCCUCUGAAAAUUAGACGUGAUCCCUCCUUGGAUAAGCAUGUGGUGAAGCAGAACAAAAUCCGUUUUGUUCAGAAGCUGAAAACCCUGCUGCUCUCCAAACCCAAGCACUUCAUGCCGCUCUAUAUCCUGAACAAGUGCAGGUCCUACUUGUCAUUCCCUAAGCCACGUUCUAUUCUAUCGAUGGUCCACCGUUAUCCCACUGUUUUUGAGGUAUUCACUAUUCCAACACCACCGUUGCCUUUAAAUGCCACAAAACCACUUAGCCAGGUCUGUAUUCGCCUCACCCCUGCUGCAGCUGAACUUGCACGCAAAGAAAUUGAACUUAAGAAGGUGAUGUCUGAUUCGUUGGCUAUUAAGUUACAGAAGCUUUUGAUGCUUGCUACGCACCAUAGGCUUCUUUUGUAUAAACUCGUUCAUCUUGCCCCUGACCUUGGUUUGCCAAUAAAUUUUCACACUUGGCUUUGUAACAAGUAUCCUGAGAGAUUUAAGCUCGUGCAAACUUCUUAUGGUCAUGCCCUUGAGCUUGUCACGUGGGAUAUAGAUUUGGCUAACAAGUUGCCAAAACGUGAUGCUGCAGCAUUGGAUUUGAUUGUGGACAGGCCGUUGAAGUUUAAGCAUUUGAGACUUAGAAAGGGGAUGAACAUUAAGAGGCGCCACCAGGAGUUUUUGAUGAAAUUUGAGGAGUUGCCUGAUGUAUGCCCAUAUGAAACGAAGGCUGAUGAUUUCUUGAAAGAAUCAUUGGAGGCAGAAAAAAGAGCUUGUGCAGUGGUGAGAGAGGUGUUGGGAAUGACAAUUGAGAAGAGGACAUUGGUUGAUCACCUGACGCAUUUCAGGAAGGAUUUUGGAUUGCCGAACAAGUUGAGGGGGAUGCUGGUGAGGCAUCCCGAGUUGUUUUAUGUGAGUCUGAAGGGGCAGAGAGACUCUGUCUUUCUGGUCGAGGGAUAUGAUGACAAGGGUGUUCCUCUGGAGAAGGAUGAAAUGCUAGUGAUCAGAAAUCAAUUGCUGCAGCUUGUGAACAAGGGGCACAAAAUGAGGAAAGAGAAAAGGAACAGUUACAAGAAGAAGGAAAAAUUUGAUGAGCAGAAGCAUCAACAUAAAUCAGAUGACGAAGAUGAUGGUGAUGAUGAUGACUACGAUUAUAUCGAAAGUCUGGAUGACUUGUUUGAUUCUGAAGAUUUUCAAUUCUUGGAUGAUGAAAGUGAUGACGACAGAAGUCGGAUGAACGCGCAAUUCUGGGCGACUAAUGCAAUCUUCGAAAGUGGUAUUGAAGAUCCAGGGCUGUGGUAA